AUGGUGGCGGGUGGUGCGGGCUGCGAGGCUGCAGCGCGGCAGACAGUGCGGCGCGGGGCAAAGAGGCGGGGCGGGUGCGGGUCGGCGCGCCGCCGCGAUGCUGCGCGCCUCUCAGUCGAGACGCGAGGCCCGCCCGCCUUAGCCGCCCUAGCCACACGUGCCGCCGCCCGCCCGCCCCUCGCUCUCUAUCACGCGUCAUAA